UUGACCUUCCAUACUACUAAAUCAUCUCCCAGACGUUUUUUAUUGUGUUUUUCUUUUUCAGAAAUCGAAAGCAUCAAAAAAUUUUUCCGUACUAUCAUUCAUGAAGAAGAUGUAGACUAUGCUCGAUUUGAGUCCAAGAUGGAUGGCACCGAUAUCGUUACGUUUCGUGAAAAUGACAAAGCUUUUCGAUUAUUUGGCACAAAUAUUCAUGUAAAAGUUGGGGCUUACGUGGCCGGUGUGAUCGGUUUCGCUGUGACUAUAGCGUUUUGUGUUACAUACACUUUCUACCACAGUCGAGGUCUAGGUCGUAAUCCAUUCCUUGACCACUUAGAACUAGUUGAUCUGAUUUUCGCAUUUGUUGUUGGCUUGCCAUGCCAUAUCCUACUGUUCUGGUCAAUCGCAAAGGAGAAGCUACUAUUCAGUCCAUUUUUGGUAUUCUAUGUAACCAAUUUCGCGAUGAAUGUGAUAUUUGCGAUAAUCACUGUGAUUGCUGCUUCAUUGGAUCUUCAUCAACAAUUAUUUGGGAAUAUUAAGUACGAUCUUGGAUGGACAGUAUUUCAGGUAGUUUUUACCGCAUCACAGGGACUUGCAAUAUAUGUCGUUAUGCGGUGUCGAAAAUAUGUGGCAGCUAAACUCCACUGGAAACAACGGAACAAUGAGGUCAGGAUAUUUAGCACUACCGUCCAAAUACACUAUCGUUGA